CAGUUGGAAGGGCGUGUCCUAGCGACAGCAAUAAUACUUGCAGAGUCUCGGGUUAUUUUGCUUCGGGGAUGGAUGUUUAUAAUCAUUACUCCUUCUCACUUUCAUAAUACCCAUAUCACACAACCGUCAGCAUUUCCUAGGAGCCAUGCAGCGACUCCGGGUUGCGUUCCUGGGCCCCGCGGCAUCCUUCUCUCAUCAGGCCGCACUUGAAUGUUUUGGUCGCUCAGCUGAAUUGACCCCCUGCCCAACAUUUGCCGAUAUCUUCUCCGCGGUCCAACAGAACGACGCUGAUUACGCCGCGAUCCCCUUUGAGAAUUCGACGAAUGGCUCAGUUGUCCAGACCCUGGACCUCUUAGCUGACCGCGACCGGGUAUAUAGUGAUAUUGAGAUCUGCGGCGAGUACUAUCUUACCGUGCAUCACUGUCUUCUGGCUCGAAAAGGCACCGCACCCUCCGCAUCUGGCAGUUAUGAUUUCAUAAAUAAACUAUAUACGCACCCCCAGGCCUGGGGCCAGUGUGAGAAGUUUCUCUCCGAGCACUUCAAGGGGGUGGAGAAGCAAGAUGUGUCUUCGACGUCAAAAGCCGCCGAGAUUGCUGCACGGGAUGAGACCGGUCAAAGUGCGGCGAUUGCAAGCAGCUUUGCUGCGGAGUACCACGGGGCCGAUAUUCUGGAGGCAAACAUUGAGGAUAAAGAUGACAAUACGACAAGGUUUCUAAUAGUGAGGAAUAUUCGAUCAGAACAGACUGCAAGCUCAUACCCCCCGAGUCUGGCUAAUGCUGGGUCCGCGGAGAAAAAUGAACAAUCCCCUGCGAAAAGAAAAACGCUUGUCUCAUUCACGGUCAAUCAUUCCUCUCCUGGGGCGCUUGCAGAUGCUCUGCUUGUUUUCAAGACACAUGGUCAAAAUCUUACGAGCAUUAACACCCGACCAAGCCGGAGCAAGCCAUGGCACUACGUUUUCUUCGUAGAAUGCAGUGAGACUACUAGUUCUCCAAAUGACGAGACUGUUGGUCAAUUGCUGGAGGAUCUAGGAAAGGUCACGGAGAGCUGCCGAAAUCUGGGGACUUGGGAUGAGCAGAUUUCCUGAACACGCGCAAAGACCUGGGACUACGUGGGAAGCAAGGAUCUCUUUGUUUCCAAAAGCCUCGAGCAAUACAAUCAUAUAUGGACCAUUCUCUUGGAUG